AUGCAACACCUGAAGGCGGCAACACGCCGCAUACGCGCCUCCUGGCGGACGCCUCGACUGCGCAGCUCCUGGACACUGACCAGUCGCGUGGUGAUGGGCUGUUUGAUUAUUGCUAUAGUGCAGAAUAUUGUGUAUGGGAUCUUUCCGUGUUGUUUCGAUUUCAAGCACAAGAAGUUUGUGUUUUGCAAGACUUUGGCCAUUUACUGCUUUUCUGUGGCCACUUUAAUUGGCGCGUUCUAUGUGACUCAGAUAUGGGUGGCAUAUAGCGAGAACAAAAUCGAUCUGCGCGAUCCCAUUCAGAUCUAUUGCUAUAUGAACCUCUGCGUGGCGCUGAUCAACUAUGUGACCCAAUGGGCCAUCGUACCGGAAAUCUUGAGUUUUCAGAACAGUUUGCCAUUAUUCAGCACCAUCGACUUUUUUACCAUCUCACUGAGAUCAGUGGGCCGGGCCAUGUCUCUGGCCAGCCUCAAGAUGUUUGUCCUUCCGCUCCUGAUGCAUUUGACGCUGAUUGUAUACCAGAGACAUAAACAACCCGAUCUUAGUUGGAUAGGCACAGCCAAGAUAAUGCUGCCCAUCUACUUGGGUAACCAGCUGAACAACUGCUUCUUUGGCGGCAUUGUGAUUACCAAGAUUGUGCUGGUCGCGAUCAACAGGCGAUUGCGUGAGAUUCUCAACGAGGUGAACAGAUUGCAAACACAAUUGGAGUUGCUGCUGCACAAAUCCUACUAUCGUAUACAACGCUUCUGCGACCUGGCCGAUCGUCUGGAUGAGCUGGCGUGCAAGUAUACGCUGUCAACUGGUUACUCCAUGAACUAUCUGCUGCUAACCGGCAUCUCGCUAGUCUCAUCCAUGGCCAUUAAUUUGAUUAUCACAACGCUGGGCUUCUACACGCAAUAUCAAGCCGUUGCUGAUCAUAUUAUGCUCGAAGAGGCCUAUGAUAUACCCCGAGCAUUGGCACAUUUUGUCUUUUUGGUGGUUCCGUUCACAGAAAUAUGUUUGGUGGCGCGCGUCAGUCAACAAGUGCUAGAUGAAGCUAAGGAAACAGGUGACUUGCUGCAGCGCAUCAAUUUGGAGCACGCCGACGUGCGCUUCAAGCAAGUUGUGGAUGCAUUAUGGCUGGAAGUGAGUACAAUUAAAUACAAGUUGAUGCCAAUGGGUCUGCUAGAGCUGGACGGUUCGCUGAUCAACAAAAUAUUCUCAACAGUCGCUGGCUUUCUAUUGUUUCUUAUACAAAAUGAUCUAACACAGCGAUUUUCGCUGAAAUAAUAUUUGUUAAUUUAUCAGCUUUAAAUUCAAAACGUUUCUGGCGUCAAUCGAUAAAAGUUCACUUA